CAAGUACACAGUCCCGGCUCAACUCGAGCACCCUCAUCUUCGCAAAAUUACAACACACGAUUCGCAACCAUGCACCUCUCCCUACCACUACUCCUCGCCCUUGUCACCACCGCGUUCUCUGCCUCCCUGACCUUAUACAUACCGCCGUCCACACGCCUCCCAAACCCAGCUGUCCUCCCACCAACAACUCACGCAACGCUACACGCCCACGGUCCACCCCGUAGCACCAGUCUCUCGCGCAAGAACACAUUUGAAUUCACAGAUCUCGAGCCCGGAAGCUAUCUUGCCACGAUCCAUUGCCGCGACUAUCAUUUCGAAACGCUGCGAGUCGACGUUACGGCAACCGUUGCUGCGGAUGGUACGAAACAGGAUGAAAAGGUCACGGUUUGGCAGACAUUCAGGGGAAAUGAGUGGGAUAAUAGGGGCGAGAGGAGAGGUGAAGGAGGAAGUGGCCUUGUGGUUGAGGUUGGGGUGGGCUCGGGAAAAGAAUAUUAUCAGAUGCGGCAGGGAUUUUCACCCAUGUCGUUUCUCAAAAAUCCGAUGAUUCUCAUGGCGGUGGUGAGCAUGGGUUUAAUUUUCGGAAUGCCGUACCUUAUGGACAAUAUGGACCCAGAGACAAAGGCGGAAUUCGAGGAAAUGCGCAAGACAAGCCCACUUGCGUCAAGCAGCAAUCCGGCGGCACAGAUUCAGAAUUUUGACCUUGCGUCGUGGAUGGCCGGGAAGACGACUGUUGGAUCAGAGAGCGUUGGAUCAGGCUCCGGUACGGAUAAGAAAGGAAAGAGAUAGUCCAUGACAUAGAGCACUAUGUCACAUUAUUGCAAUUAUAGGUGUAGCCAUAACAAGGACUCAUGCUCAUACGCUAAAUAGAACAUGUAUGUGUAAUACCAGCAAACAUUGAUGAUCUAGUUG